UCCGGCUCGGAAGGAAAGGCUCCGCUUAAGCAAGUGACGGGAAACGCGUUUCUGGAGUGGCUGGGGAGAGAAGGAUGCACAACAAGCUCGAGGACGAAGAGGUUCCAGAAUUUAUUUGUUUUCAUCUAAUUUGGCUGUAAUAAUCCCUCUUUUGGCGAAUAGCAACAUGAUGUCAAAUAGAAAUAAUCUUGCUUACCACAGUCUUGGAACAGAUUCCAACAAGAUGUUGGAAGAAUAUGGCCAUAUGCAAAACCAGGUGGAAUUACAAAAUACCAAUUUGGGAAAAGAGGUAGUUAUGAAUUCUCUUGAAACUGAUCUUCAGCAUAUAAUGGACAAACUCAGCCAAAAAAAAUACUCAUCCAGUCUGAAAUUAAAAACAAGUGAAGACUAUUCUGGUUCUUAUUUAACUCUCUCCCAGCCUCUGGCACCUAAACUGAGUCCUGCAUCCAGUGUUAAAAGUAUGCCAUCUGUUUCCAAAAUUCAGGGAAUCAAACCUUUGGCUUGUGAGAACUCUUAUCUUUCGGACAAAAAUGCUUCUCAAAAGCAUAUGGGCCCCAUUUCAGGCACAUUCUCAUCGUUAAGUGGGUGCAGCCUUGGAAAGAAAGACUUUGAUAUUUAUGCUACCAGGGAAAAUGAAAAACAGUUUGGACCUCUGAGUAGAUUUCCCUAUUCAAAGUUCAGUCAGAAGAAUAAAUCUCAUGAUAGUGUCUAUUUCCCAGGAGCACCGGAUGGGUGGAAAAACUCUGGAUCUCUUCUUACAAUGUGGAAUGGGAAUUCAGGAAAUGAUAUCGUUAUUUCACCAUUCGGCAGCUCUGGAGCUGCCAGUAUGCCCUCUAGUCCAAAACAAAGCAGGAAAAUGAAUAUACAUGACAUUAUGUCCGUUCAGGCUAGGUCAGCUAAACAAAAGGAUUCAGCAAUGGAAGCUCUGGGGCCCAAAACCAGAAAACAUCCGGGUGGUUCAUUGAGCCACAUGGGAGUUUAUAGUCGGUCAUUGCCCAGGCUUCAUAAAUCAGCAGAAAGCCAACUCACACCACUGAGUUUACCACCGAGAAACUCUUUUGGGAAUUCCAAAAGAAAGAAGACUAUUGAAAAAGACUUUCUACCUCAGAAUAUACUGGAUCCUGACAAUUACCUUCAUUUUUCUUCUUGCACUUCAGGAAUAUUGCCAUACUCAAAUUUUGCACCUGAAGUGAAUUCCUAUGUAAAUUCAACUCUCAGUGUUCCUGCAAGCCCCCGGGUAGCUAGGAAAAUGCUUCUGGCAUCCACUUCCUCAUGUGCAUCUGAUGACUUCGAUAAAGUUGGAUUGUCAGGAACAAGCCCUAGUAAUUCAUUUAUUCCCUUUGAUGCUGAGAGAGGGUUUCCUGCAAGAAGGAGGAUUUCCAAUGGCUCCAUGGAGUUUGAUGAAACAGAUUUGGAAAGCCAUAGGCAGACUCCUUCCAUUCGAGAGAGAAAGAGCAGCAUUAGUUCUGUUUCUGGAAGAGAAGACCUAAUGGACUACCAUAGGAGGCAAAGAGAAGAAAGGCUGAAAGAACAGGAAAUGGAGAGACUGGAGCGUCAGAGGCUAGAGACCAUUCUUAAUCUGUGUGCAGAAUAUUCCAAGCCUGACAAUGAACCUGCCACAAUCACUACUGUAGCUGAUGUUCAGAAAAUUAAUAAAGAACUUGAAAAACUCCAGUUGUCUGAUGAAGAUUCUGUCUUUGAAGAUUCUCAGAUAAUAGCAGACUCAAGAUUCAGAGAUCAUUUGCAGCUUCCAGCUGAAGAUUCUGAUUUCUCUGAAUUCAGUGAUCUUGGACAAAAUUCUAUGGGUUUCUUUUCCUCAAGAGGAAUCAGAACGAAUAAGCAUUUAAAUGGCAACAGGACGAGUUCACCUUUAUCUUCUGCUUUCCUGAAGGAUGUCACGGAAUCUCCCUAUCUAAGCAUUAUGUCAAAGUCACCAGAAUGCAUAAGCCAUGAACAAGUAACAUCAGAACUUAAUCAAAUGGAAGAACAGCGCAUUAUAAUACUAAAUAACCUGGAAGAACUUGAACAAAAGAUCAAAGACUUAAAUGAUCAGAUGGAUGAAUCCUCCAGAGAGACGGAUAUGGAAUGUGCCCUGUUGGAAGCAGAGCAGAAAUCUGAAACAGCUGAACUGCUCAAGGAGAAGGAAAUAGUAGAUCAUUUGAACAGGAAGAUAGCAGAGUUGGAGAGAAAUGUCAUUGGUGAAAAGGCCAAGGAAAAAAUAAAGCUUGAUGCUGAGAGGGAAAAACUAGAAAAGCUUCAGGAGCUUUACUCCGAGCAGAAGACUCAGCUUGAUAAUUGCCCCGAGUCCAUGAGGGAACAAUUACAGCAGCAGCUUAACAGGGAUGCAGACUUGUUGGAGGUAGAAAGCAAACAUUUUGAAGAUUUGGAAUUUCAGCAGCUUGAAAAUGAAAGCAGAUUAGAUGAAGAAAAGGAGAAUUUAACCCAACAGCUUCUGCGUGACGUUGCUGAAUAUCAACGUAACAUUGUCAGUAGAAAGGAAAAGGUUUCUGCUCUCAAAAAACAAGCAAAUCACAUUGUACAACAAGCACAAAGAGAACAAGAUCAUUUUGUGAAAGAAAAAAACAAUUUACUAAUGAUGUUGCAGAGGGAGAAAGAAAAUCUUUGCAAUCUAGAAAAGAAGUAUUCCUCACUAUCGGGAGGUAAAGGAUUUCCUCUGAGUCCCAGCAGUCUAAAAGAGGAUUUUGUGAAUGUAAAUGACAUUAGUGACCCGCAUGGCAAUUCCACGAAUAUCUCCCCUUCCACUCAGCCCCCCUCUGCUGCUGCUGCUGCUCCUCCCAUUGAACUUUCCACAGCUGGCCUGAUAAGCCAGUCACAAAAUAAAGAGCUAAGAUCACCUUUCUGUUAUGGAUCUGUGAUUCCUCACUCUCUCUCUCCUCGCCCUCUUGCACAACUCUCACCAGCCGACUGGCCUGAGGUCAGGGCUGCCAAUGUAGAGUCUUUUCCUUUACCUGAUACACCACCACCUCUACCAGCUAAGAAACACCGAAGGGAACCCCAGCAUUUCCGAAAUUUGGAAGAGAGAAAGAAGCAGCACAAAGAAGGCCUGUACAUGAGUGAUACUUUGCCCCGCAAGAAAACAGCUCCUCCCAUAUCACCUCAUUUCAGUAGUUCUACUCUUGGACGAAGUGUUAAGGGUCACCCGCCACUUGGACAAAGCAGUAGCUGUGGCAACAUAAUUCCUCAUUGUUCAGGAUCUAUGACCAAGGAUUUGGAGUCAAGGAGAACACGUAAAGGUUAUAACCAUCAGCAUCUCCGUGAAGAUCAAAGCCAGAAGUCUCCUGAAUUCUACAGCAGAACUGCCUCAGAAUCAAAUGUGUAUCUGAAUACCUUUCAUUAUCCUAAUUCUAACCUGAAAGACCACACCUUUGACACCCUUAGUUUAGAUAGCUCGGACAGCAUGGAGACAAGUAUAUCUGCCUGUUCCCCAGAUAAUAUUUCCAGUGCCAGCACUGCAAAUGUGGCAAGAAUAGAAGAGAUGGAAAGACUUUUAAAACAAGCUCAUGCUGAGAAGACACGAUUGCUUGAAUCCAGGGAACGAGAAAUGGAAGCCAAAAAAAAGGCACUAGAAGAAGAAAAGCAUCGCAGAGAACAGUUAGAAAAAAGGUUACAAGAAGAAACUAGUCAGCGACAAAAACUAAUUGAAAAAGAAGUUAAGAUACGUGAAAAACAGAGAAGCCAGUCUCGUCCCCUGACCCGUUAUUUGCCAGUCAGAAAGGAAGAUUUUGAUCUGCGUGGCCACAUAGAGACAGCUGGCCACAAUGUAGAGACUUGUUACCAUGUCUCACUCACUGAGAAGACUUGCCGAGGCUUUCUUGUUAAGAUGGGAGGGAAGAUUAAAACAUGGAAAAAACGAUGGUUUGUGUUUGAUAGAAACAAGAGAACAUUUUCUUAUUAUGCAGACAAACAUGAAACUAAAUUAAAAGGAGUAAUUUAUUUCCAAGCCAUUGAAGAAGUAUAUUACGAUCAUUUAAAGAAUGCUUGCAAGAGUCCUAAUCCAUUGCUUACCUUCAGCGUUAAAACUCAUGACAGAAUAUAUUACAUGGUGGCCCCAUCACCAGAAGCUAUGCGAAUAUGGAUGGAUGUAAUAGUUACAGGAGCAGAAGGUUACACACACUUCAUGUUGUAGUUAAAUGUAGUGCAAAGUUUCAACAAUAGGGCAUAAUGCAAUAAUAGCUGUGUUUGUGAGGGUGCAAAGCCAUAUAUGGUCAUAUUUGACAAGUCACAUGUAUAAAAUUCUAUCAGUAGACCUAAUCUUAUAUUUCAAAAGGAAAUACAUCAUAUGUAAGGGAGAAUGAAAUUCUGGUGGACUGACUUUAUUUUUUAGAUUCAUUUGUUUUUGAUAUAAUAGACAAAAAAAACCCUCUACUUAAAAGAUAAAUAACCCUCCAAAAAUGAAUAACUGGAUAGCCAUAAGCCAAUUUCUGUGGCAUUUUCUUACAAAUUCUACCAUGCAGAACUUUCCUUAUGGAAUAAAUGUCAUUAGGUUAACAGUGUUGCUAUAGUAUUUUGUAUUAAGAAGUGAAAGCAAAAGAUAUGAUGCUUCUAUAUUUAAUGUACAGGGUAUAUGAACAAUUUUAUGUUCUUUUCCUUACAAGUAUUUUAUAGCAAAUUUAAACUACUGUUUGCAGUGUUUUUAUCUUAAAACACAACCAAAGAUUUAUACAGUGUGUUGAGAUUUAAUUUUAUGUAAUAGAACAGUUUUAAAAUUCUUUUUUAUAUGCUAGUGUUUUAAAAUCUUUCUAUCUGUAUCUUCGAAAUGCUCGUUGUUAGCUUGAAUGUUAACAAAAAUGAUAUCUUUAGAUAUUUUAGCUUUCUUUUUAGAAGAUAGAAUCAGAUAAAAAACUAUAGUGAGCAAUCAUGUCUGCGUUUCUACUGAGGCUGUUGGCUUAUUUUCUUAGCAAAUUACAACCUCUUCACAAGAGUUCACCAGUUACAGCUUAGUAGAAUUAAGAACCAUAAUUAAAAAAAUCAUAACCUUGUAAGGACUUCCCCAAAUAACAUGAUUUUUGUGCAUAAAAUUACAAGUCUUUGGAAAUUAUAUUCACAACUUUUCCAUAUAAAAUAAAUAUUUUAAUGUAGUUGAAUAUUUUCUCAGUCUAAGUUGGCUUAUAAAUUAUAAUGUGAAGAAUUUCUUAGGAUAUAGUGUACUUAAGAUCAGUCAUGAAGAAAAGUCUUCAAUUUUUUUCUGAAUUAAAUUUCCAUUGAUGAUGAAGCAUUUCUUUUUGGCACAGAGUCAUAUUUUGCAGCUAGUUUGAUAGGUGUCUGAAUAGAAGCCAUGAAAACUUAUUUUACAUCAUAAACAAAAUAGCAACAAUUCCAUUACACAUUCAUUUUAAUGCUAUGCUUCAGAUUUCAUAUUCUAGAUCACUCUUUAUGGUGUUCACAUAGAAAAAUUGUUUCACAAACGUACUGAGGAAACUAUCACAGCAUUUCACUUACAGUGAAUCCUUCUUUCUGUUCCUUACGGGUCUGAAGAAAUGAUAUGGGGACCAUAAUUCAAUAACAGAGUAAAUGCAUUAUGCAGAUACUUCCAGGAUCAGGAUCAGGUACCUCUGAUCAAAAAAUUAUUUAGUACUGAUUAUAAGAAAGAUAAUCGAUAAGAUCUCUUUGAAAUCUUACCAAACUGCUGUCAGAGGGGAUAAUACUGGGCUAAAUCACUAAGACUUGUGAUUUCAGACUCAAUGGGUCAACUAAUUGAUGGUCUGGAGCAUAUAUCUACCAAGUUUAAAAACUUUUAUGCAUUCAAGGGAUCACCAUGUUAUGUUCUUAAGAUUAUAUAUUCCUUAAAGAUCAUUUUCAUUUAAAAUAAUUUUAUGUUCUUUAAAUACUGUAUUCAGAUGAAGUUUGGAUUUUGAAUCAUGUUUGUAUUUGAUGUUGCCUUUUAAUAUUUUGAUCGUAUACAUGCCAUAUUUUCAGUGCACUAAACUAAAAAUCUUAAACCUCCUUAAGGAAAUUAUAAAUAAGCCACUUUCAGAAAUAGUUAUUGAAAUAUACUGAAUUUAUUAUAGUGUGUGAUGCCAAGUAGCAUGAUUACAGUAGUUCAGAGAUGCCACAUUUUUUCAGAUGCAUUUACAUGAAAAAUCACAUAGAAAUGAGCAUUUAAAUUGUUGAAUCAGGGUUUAAUGUUGUUUUUCUUUUAAUUCAAUGCAAAUAAAUAAAGAAGUAUUAAACCUUAAUUGUAUAUACACUGUGUAAAAAUAUGUUAUUUAACUUACUGGUAUUUACUUGUGUUUUUGUUCUCCAGAGAAAAAGGCAUUAAGUUUAAUUCAAAUUUAGUUCUUAUUAAAGGAAGCCAAUUGAAAUCCAUCAAAAUUAAGUUUGUAUCAAUAGCAAGGUGAAUUGCUUCCAGAAUUUUAUUCUACUCACAAUUCAUCUAGAUCUAUUAAAAAAACCAAAAAGAAAAACAACUUAUUUUAUGUCUUCUGAAGGAAAAGGAGCUUGAAAAUUUUGUUUCACCAAUGUUAAAAGAUAAAUUCCAGAAAUUAAUGCCACUGUUUCUACUGAAUAUUUUAAUUUUACUUCUAUAUAAAUUUUACAGGUUUUCUAUUUUUUUUGUAUCUUGCAUGUUGUAAUGGCAACAUUUAAAUAAAUGUUAAAAACAUUUUCAUAUUCUGUGUCUGAUUUCUCAAAUUUUUCUGGAAACCUAAUUGGUAUAAAAUGCUAGAGCUCUGAGAUUUCACUGUAGCUGUUAAUGCAGUUACAUAAUGAGCAGCUCGGUC